CAAGAGAAGCUAACGAUGCCACGUUACACGAAGCGUGGAGAUUAGGUAUUACAGUAACGUGUGGUCAUCACACUCUUCUCUCUCUCUCCGACCCAACCCAUCUCACUUUUCUCUCUCUCUCUCUCUCACGUCUCAAUCGUUCGCUAGAUAUUUCUUACCUCAUUGGAGUUUACCCGAUAUCACAGAAGUAACAACCAUAUCAAAAUCCAUAAAGAUUGGAAGAAACACAUGCAUCCUUAACGAAACUACUCUCACAAUUUUCAAUCCUUUUCACCCAAACUCACAAUUCAGCUACAUUCAUUCACCUCUCUACUCACAUAAUGACCACGGUGGCGGCAAAGCUGCACCUUCCACCGCUGGAUUGCCACAACCACUCCGGCCAACCGCCUCCCCGGAAAAUGCUCCGGCACCGUAUUGUGUGGGACCCGGUCGGUGUGAAGCCCCGCCGAAGAAUUUGGAUUCGCCCAUGCAGAUCGUUCAAGUCCGAUCAGGAGGAUUUUGGGUUCGGAGAGAGGGAGAAGAAAUGUGAAGAAACUAGUGGUCAAGUAAUGGAGGAAAAAAGUGUGAAUAAAUUUGUGGAGGGGAUUAGAGAUGCUGUUUGGAGAGUCUCGAAGCCCAGUUUGCGACCGGAAGGGAGGUUCAGCGAAGCUAUGGAGAAGUUGGAAGAAACUUUGUUUUCUUGGUCUAUGCAUAUUGGAAGAUAUAUUGUGACAAUGUUAAGUACUGGAGUUAUACUGCUAAUCGGGUUUCAGUUGUCAGGUGGGGAUGAUCAAAUGAAUGCAUUAGUUUGGUAUAGCUGGCUUGGGGGAAUCAUUAUUGGAACAAUGAUUGGUUCCAACAUGGUGUUGGAGGAAGUCAGUCGAUCUGGUCCGCGCAAUGUUGUUAUAACUGGAAGUACUCGAGGACUUGGAAAAGCUCUAGCUCGUGAAUUCAUACUUUCAGGUGACAGGGUCAUUGUUACUUCUCGGAGUGCUGAUUCUGUGGACAAGACCAUCAAAGAACUAUCAGAGAAUCUGAAGCAAGUCGUAGUUGUUACGGGUGGAUCAUCUAGAAAACAUUUAAGACAUGCAAAAGUAGUGGGAAUUCCGUGUGAUGUAUCCAAUCCUGAAGAUGUUAAGAAGUUAGCAAAUUUUGCUGUGAAUGAAUUUGGCUCUAUUGAUAUCUGGGUAAACAAUGCGGGGACAAACAAGGGGUUCAGGCCCUUGCUUCAGUUUAGUGAUGAUGACAUAACACAGAUUGUGUCUACAAAUUUGGUUGGGUCAAUACUUUGCACUCGUGAAGCAUUACGAAUCAUGAGCAGCCAGAGAAAUGGAGGUCAUAUUUUUAACAUGGAUGGUGCGGGAUCUGGGGGGUCCAGCACCCCGCUAACAGCAGUAUAUGGAUCGACAAAAUGUGGUCUUAGGCAGCUUCAAUCAUCACUCUUGAAGGAGAGCAAAAAAUCAAAAGUAGGUGUCCACACAGCUUCACCGGGCAUGGUAUUGACUGACCUGCUGUUAAGUGGUGCAAGUGUAAAAAACAAGCAGAUGUUCAACAUUAUUUGUGAGCUUCCAGAGACAGUUGCUAGAACCUUGGUUCCAAGGAUGAGGGUUGUCAAGGGAAAUGGGAGAGCUGUCAACUAUUUGACUCCGCCAAGAAUUUUACUGGCUCUAGUCACUGCAUGGCUUAGACGUGCUCGCUGGUUUGAUGACCAGGGACGGGCACUCUAUGCUGCUGAGGCAGAUAGGCUCCGCAACUGGGCUGAGAGUCGAACACGUUUUUCAUUCACUGAUGCCAUGGAGAUGUAUACUGAGAAUACUUGGGUUUCUGUCUUUUCACUUUCAGUGGUUUGUGCCUUCAUCAUAUUGUCAAGUACGAGUAGUACGAUGCCAGGGACCUGAUGACGAGAGCUGUAUGCCUAAUGCUGCUCGAUAAACAGAAGCCAUUGCUCUGAAGAAACUAUUCUUGUAAGCCAAAAGUAUAACAGAAACACGAGGGAUUGCAUAAUAAUUUACAGCUGCAUCCAGAUGGUUUUACAAUGCUUUCUGACCAAAUGGGUAAGUCUAGAUUGCAGGUUUUCCCUUUAGUGUGUGGUUAUGCAUUGUGCAUUGGGAAGGAAUUACCAUUUCCUCUCUAUUUACUACCAUUUGGAUAUCAGCGCGCAUAAGAUCAUGCACAUUUCUCAUCCCAAAAACCAAAGAAAGGUGAAGGGAAAAAAAAAUUGAAAAAUAGAGAACGUAGAUAUGGCCUUGUACGAUGUAAUAUUCCAUUGUAUUUACAUUAAGUCGCAUUUCGACGGCAUCUGCCAAGUAAGUUGGUUGUAAGACAUGUAUGAAUGUAGUUGGAUUUUAAAGACUUGAUAACAUAACACGAAUGUCUUAGUUCUAUUAA